AAGACCUUGCCUUAUCUUCUCCUAGAAUAGCAACCAAACAAACGAAGUCCAGAAAAAGAUCCAGGAGAUAACAGAAAACGGUCACCCCAGCCAAAUGGCUGUGUCAUCCACCACCGCAACAGUGUACAUUUCCCGAAAAGAUUUCCUGACUCAGACGCCAAUAAGCGGUGCCAUUUUCACAAAUUCCAUAGCUUUUGCAACCAAGCCACGCAGAUUUCACAUUAGAAGCUCGAGUGAAGUACCCGCCGAGACUGUUGCAACAGAGGCAGAUUCAGAAAGUUCCAUUGAAGCUCCAAAAGAACCUCCAUCCUUGAUUUCUGCUCUUAACGUCGAAAGAGCUUUUCGUGGCAUACCAAUAACAGAUGUGGAUCACUAUGGUCUACUUGGAUUACAACGUGGAUGUUCUCUUGAGCAGGUUCAAGUUGCUUACAGAAGCAAAGUUGAAGAACUGACGGAACAGGAAUUAGAUGAAGAAGAACUCAACAAGAAAGUGGAACUUCUAAAAGAAUCAUACACAAUUUUGUCAACUGAGGAAGAGAGAAGGCUGUACGAUUGGAGCUUGACUAGAAGUGAAAAUCCAAACAGAUAUGCUUGGCCCUAUGAGGUUGAUGAAACACCAGCUACUAAAGACCCUCCUCCACCGCAGGAACCAGAGGAUGUGGGACCAACAAGAUUGGUGGGAUACUUCAUGUUAGGGUGGUUCAUAUUGUCAGUCAUACUAUCUAUUGGCCUUAAUCGAUAGAUCAUGAAUGUCGCAUGGGAGAAGCAUUUAUUUCAGUUCGGAGGAGGAAAAAAGAAAAGGGGCAUAAAAAUGCUUGAAGCCCCUCAAGAUUAUUAUUAGUAUAAGGUUUCUUGUUGAAAAACAAUUUUAUAUGCAUAUGAAAAGGCAUUUUUCUAGA